AUUUUCACAGAAUUCCUAGUUUUGAGAGCUGCUUUUUGUUUUAUAUCAUAUUCUUAUGUCACAAUUCAUAAAUUCCCUUUUUUUACCACAGUGCACUCCGUAUUAUACAAUCAUGAACUUUUACUAUACACCAUUAAUUUGCUAAGACUGUGCAAAAGUACACCAGUGCAUGUGCAUGGGAGUUACAUUCCCCCAAAAAACGUCUUUCUAGUUUACGUACAGUAUUCCAAUGUGACUGUAAGUCCACCUCUUGAUACAGAUGAGGAUCAUAAGCGUUUUUGAACAGCAACCUGUAGGUAACCAAUGAUUGUGCAAGAUGUAUAGUGAGUAUAUUUUGAGGGUAUAAAUGUUCGUGGUUUUCGUGGAUUAAGCACGUACCAUGAACAUUUCUAACCGCUGAUUUAAUAUCGCAUGCAUGCAUUCUACAAAAAGGCUGCCAUUCCAUGAAAAUCAAAUCCACGAAAAUGUAUACCCUUGAAAUAUACUCAUUAUAUGGUCAGAUUCUCAAUCACUAUACGCUACUAAAUCUUUGCAACACAUGAAUAAAAGUGUUGAGCACUGUGAUUCCUUAACAUGGGAAAUGCUCCCACAUUCAAACGAGCAUGCGCAGUAUAAAAGGGGGCUGGGCAGUCCAGAAAAUGGACGCAUAUAAUUAUAAAAAAUGGUGGAAACGCACGCUUAUACUCUGGGAGCUAUAUAUAGAGCUCUGUGAAGCUAUAUAUAUAGCGCUCUGGGAGGUACUUAGACUAUAUUUAGAUCUAAGUCAGCAACCAGACACGUGUACGAGUAGUUUGCGCUAUGGCAAGUCAAAGAAAUCGUUUCAGACAUUCUCUAGUUGUCAAUUUUGACAAUCAAGCAGCUAAGGCUGCAUUCAAGACAAGGGCUGAGCAUGCAUGCUCUGUGCUUUCUCCUGCUGGACAGCCAACCCUGGUUUGAUGUCAGCCAUGUUUGACCUGGUUGAGCAGCUGAUGCCCCAAGCAGCUAAGGCUGCAUUCAAGACAAGGGCUGAGCAUGCAUGCUCUGUGCUUUCUCCUGCUGGACAGCCAACCCUGGUUUGAUGUCAGCCAUGUUUGACCUGGUUGAGCAGCUGAUGCCCGCGCCUUACGCGGGUAGUCUUAGUGUAGUUCCUGCAAGACAGUCUUUCAACAAAGACAGUGGCAUCUAUACUGGUAAUAUUAGACCAGAUGAUGAAGCUGCAUUCCUCACUGAGAGGACGUGUCUGGCUGAUUUGUUGGAGGGGUUGAAGACAUCUUGUUCGUGUGGCUUAUCUGUCAACCCUUGGACAGUAGGAUCACUUGUUCAGAAGGGCCAUGUCCUGAGGCUGAAGUUCUCGUGCCGCAGAUGCCAUGUCGCUGAGAGAACGUGGUCCAGCUCCAGAGUGUUUGGAGCGCGUUACUUGUUGAACCAAAAAAUGGUUCACAGUCUCACCUGUGCUGGUGUGCUGCCAGUCUAGUACAUCAAACUCUUUAAGUUUGCGGGAAUCGGCCAUGUUGGACAUGGGUACAUGAACAAAAGUGUACUACGCCAGUGGAUACUCUGAUAUAGUGGGCAGGAUGGCAGACGCGAGGAGAGCAUGAAUGCUGCAGUGGAUGAAGUGAAGGCCCUGCCAGCUUAUGCCGAGAAUGGAGAGUGGGUCAUUACUGACGCCAGGCAUGACUCCACUGCUAAUGCCUACCACACUACUGUGCCUUGUCUCACUGGAAGCACCAAGAAGAUAGUUGGGAUAUCUACAGUGUCUCGAACAGACCACGGUGUUGCUCAGACACGAGAAUUGCAGUGCACUAAGAUUGCUGUGCCACAGGCAAUUGCUCGUGGUCUGAAUAUUGUAGAAGUAGCGCAUGACAUGCAGCAUCAAGUGUCUCGUUACGUGACCUCUGAUCUGGGACUGAAGAACUCCUUUGAUACAUGGCAUGGGACCAAGAAUUUGUCAAAGUGUCUGUUACUCAGGGUCAAGUUAGAGACAAGGAACUGACAUGGUUUCCUGAGCUGGUUGACAAGCGAAAGAGUAUAAAGGUGCAUCUAUACUGGGCUAUAAAGAAUUGUGAUGGUGAUGGCCAGAAGCUUCGUAGUCUGAUAGAAAAUAUCGCUAUGCACUAUCAGGACAACCACCUUGAAUGCCACCCUUCAUCGACUUGUCAUCUCCCUCACUACGCUCCUGGCAAGGAUCUGCUGACUGACCCGGCUACUGUCCAGCAGCUGGAGAAACAUUUGAAGGACUCUUACAUCUAUCGCUUCCCAGAGUCCUUUUGUAGGUGUCGUGAUAUGUAUUGGGUGGAAAGUUUCAACCACCAGCUUCUCUGCUACAUCUCAAAGAGGAUCCACUACUCUACCAGGGUUUUCUCUAUGAGAAUGAACUUGGCUGUGUUGGACUGGAAUGAGAACGUGGGACGAGAGCACACAAGCGAGCGCAAGUUGAAAGACCUUCGGCAAUUUGACCGCAGAACAGCCAUGAAAGCUCUCGUCAAGAAAACGCAUCAGUUUGCUUAUGGACCACCUACGUUACAAAGAACAUGACGAGCUUGGAUUUUCUUGAUGAAGAUGAUGGCGAUGAUUCUGAUAUUUUAGAAGAUGGGGAGAUUGUACCUGAUUUAAACAGUGAUGACGAGGGUAAUGAUCCUGGCUGUGUGGGACCAGAUGUUGCGCAGCUCCUUUGCUCGUACUCCUCGUCCUGCCACACCCCAAGCGUGUUCAGACACCUCCAAAACAGCUUGUAGGCCCUGUGUCGCUUCUCUGCAUUGGCUGGAUGUGGGUCACAUGAUCCCUUCAAAAACGUUGGAGGCUGUUGAACGACGCACGGGGCACAGAAACAGUGUGGACAGUGGUUUUGAGCCCUCUGUGGACGGGCACAUUAUGCUGUAGUGUCUCGUAACCACGAGGAAGAUCGCGCACACUCACAUCUGCUGAAAGAAAGCGAUAAUAAUUGGCUAAGUUGUACACGUAUUGUGAUAAUUAUGGUCACUUACCUUGCCUUUCUUCCAGAUCAAUUUCAUUCUCUGGUCUAACCACCCUCUCCCAAACGAUCUCUGCCCUAAACCCUCUUGUUGGCUGGUGAUCACGAAUGAAUUUGUUCAAUUCUGAGAUGAAAACUUGAGGAGGAAUAUCGUCGUAUUCAACUCUAACCUGGAACAAAACUGUGUAUAGCUUCAUAUUGUUUGUAUUGGUCUUACUUUUAUGGUUUUUGCAGCCAUAGUAAGCGCUAGCAAAGAUAAUAUCUCUGUGGAUAGUAUAGCUAGCUGUGUAUGCAAGUCUUGCGGCACAAUUUGAAAUUGUAAUCACUUCCUUCCGGACUGCCCAGCCCCCUUUUAUACACGGGAGCGCGGCGUGCUAUCGCGCUUUGAUAUCUGACGCAUGCUCGUUAAGUAGUAAAACAGACCACAGUGCUUAAACAAAAUCCAUACAAGGAAUGCGUAACGCUGUACGCUUUUACUGGUGUGUUGCAAAGAUUCUGCAAACUCCAGUACUACAUACACCAUUUGGGGCCUUUGUAUGCAAGAUUACCUAUAAUGAAAUUUAAUAUACAAUGCACUCUCCAAAUAGCGGACACUUUGACUCAGAGCAUACAUGUGGUUGGCAAUCCAAAACCUCUCAAGGAAGAUCAUGCACCACCUCUUUAGGCUGUUGUCUUAUAUGGAGGUGAUUCCACUGUACCACAGCAAUUUCUAGCAUAUGUACACAGUAGUGUAUGAUUUCAUUAAGUUGUACAGUUGUAUAAAUUUGUGUUCUUAGCAAAAUGUACAAAUUAAAUUGUGUGCACUCAAAUCCAAAUUGUACAAAUUUGUACAUGUUUUUUCUCCUUAGAACUACUUCAAACACAUGCAGAUUAUUAUGCUUUGAGGCGUAGCCCCACGGUGUGUGUGUCUUGUCUGUGUUGAAAUUAAGCACACUAUUUUCUUUUUUUUCUUAACAUGUUACUGAUCUCAACCGUGCCUCGAGCUGUGUCUGCUAUUUGGGGCGUGUAUCACCAGAAAUUUGGAAUGGUAUCAGACACACCUUACGGUGACUGACAUACAAAAACACAUAACAAAAAAGAAAUUUGAUACACAUGCUACAGAAAUAGCAUAUGCUUUGGUGUGUGGGCUUUGAAGUUCAUUGAGCCCAAGAUCAAGUUACAGCAAUAAUUACAAAAAAUUGAUGCUCGAAACUAUAAUUAGUGUGGUCAAAACAAAAAAUUCCUCUAUUACAUUGAAGUAUCAGAUAUAAGUCAUAUGAGGAUGUGAUAUUUUAUUGCAGGCAUCUAAUCAAGCAACUUCAAAGAGCCAUAUGGUACCAUACUUGGCUAGAGACAGACAUAAAACUGUUGCAACUCAAUCCAGAAUAUGGAAUUUUAACAAUGAAGCCAUGUCUAUGCAUGACACCAUAACAAGUAGUAGCAAUUACACACCACCAGUAGUGCUCUUGAGUUUAGUUCUAGUACUGAGCUUGUUUUAGUUACACAGUCAACAGUGUGUACAUAAGUCGAGUAAAAUGAUUUACAAAGUGAACUAUCUGACACUGAUCAUCGCAGCAGUCACUGUGGGCAUCAUCCAGGCUGACUACAUUUUCGAAGUCCAGUUUCACUCAUACAAAAACCCAACACAAAGAUCUCAAGCUAACAAUGGUUGCUGUGAUGCCAACAGCCAGUUAGAAUGCCGUAGUGCUUGCGACACCUAUUUGUACAUUUGUUUGACGCAGGCUUCAAACAUGCAAGUAAGUGUUCCGGCAAUUUCCCAAGAGUGUCCAUUUGGGUUCCUACAGACUGACCUUCUUGUUAAUAGAAAUGGAGACAAUGUUGUAUUCAGUGAAGGAGGUAGCUUGGAUGUCAGUGGGAAUACUAACCCUUCCAACUUUCAGAGCCAAGGACCAUGGCUGGGCACAAUACAGCUGAUAAUUCAGUCGUAUGAUCGCGACACUGGAAAUGAUGACUACAUUGACAUUGAGUUUAUUAACCUGAUUGACUUAGAUGUUGAGGCAGCUACUUUCACACAGAGUAAACUAUACAUUGGAACAUUUCAGUUAUCGACGUACGAAUUGAGUUUUCGAGUAAAUUGUGCUCAGAACUACUACUGUAGUGAUUGCAAUACAUUCUGCAUAAGUAGGAAUGAUUCUUUCGGUCACUACUACUGCAAACAAGAUGGAAGUAUAGAGUGCUUCCAAGGCUAUAUGGAUCCUUCUACAAACUGCACACAGUGUAAAACAUCUGAAGGAUGCUUGUCAGUGGGAGGAUACUGCACAGAGCCAUAUGAAUGCCUGUGCUUGGAGGGCUACUUCGGAGAAAACUGUACAGUAGCUACUGGGAACCACUUCACAGAGCUGACAGGUGCUAUAGCCGGUAGCACUGUAACUGUGUUAUUCCUGUUAAUUGCAAGUCUGGGAGUUGUUCUCUGUACAGUGGUGGUAUACAAAAAGAAAAAGCAAUCUAUCUCAAACAUGGGAGAAGGAGGGUUUCAAGAGAAUGCUACCUACAUUGAUUUCAUACAAAGAGACAGCUUGAAUAGAAGCGUUGAGCUAGUGAUUUCAUCAGGAUCAAACUAUUCACUGGACCCACCUCCUACUGGACAUAUCAAAAAGCUUGCAGUAUCCCAUAAUGAGACAUAUCAGGACCCACAUUAUAUUGGAAGUAAUCACCCUACCCACAGUGAAAAUAUUAUCGCUUUAUCGGACACUGAUUCAAGCAUGUCAUUACAAAGAGCUCGCUCUUCAAAUAUCGAGCAAAUUACUACAACAGUUGAUGAUCAGGAUUUAUCUCUUGAAGAAAUGCCAAUGAAGAGAAACAACAGCUAUAGAAUGUUAGACAUUGAGGCCCUAGCAGGAAACUCUGAAGGAGGACAGGAUAGCAUUUACAGCUACCCCAAAUUGAAACCGACACAUACUCAACUACAAGAUCAUGGGUACACGACUAUUGGUACGAAAACGAAUAGCAAUUCUGACUCAUAUUCAAAAAUCGAGCUGUCAAACAUGUACGAGAAUAUUUCAAGUGAAGAUAACAUGAUGCAUAAUGAAAUGUACGGGGCUUCAAUGAGAUCAGAAGAAAGCUCUGUAACUGGUUUGUUUGACCCAUAUAUGAACGAUAGAGAAAAUGUUACUCCUCAUAAGUAGACAUAUCAUAUAUCAUGUAGGGCAGAAAUGUGUAGGAGAAGACCAAUAAAAAGCCAUGAUAGUUAUAUGUAACUUUCA